AUUCCACAAGUCAAGCGCAGCAAGCUAGACAAAUCACCAGCUUCAGUUCACAACCAAAUCACACACCAACGCCUUCUUCUCUAUUUCUCCUCCAUUUCCCUUCUUCUUCUUCUUCUUCUCCAUCCCUCCUCCGUUUGUGCAAUCUCACCGCACAAACAUGGAUUCUGAUCAUCAUCAUGAUGAACCAAACCAACAAUGGCACGCGGAAAAGAAGAGCUAUGACCUCAACAGCAAGAUCAUGCUCACCGCGAUCAUCUCGCUCUCGGUCGUUGUCCUCCUCGUCGUCCUCCUCCACAUAUACGCUCGGUACGUCCUGCGCCGCCAGGCCCGUCGCCGGGCCGCCAUCCGCGACCUCGGCCUAACCGUGGUCCACGUGCACCCUAGGGAGGAACCGCCCAAGUCUGGGCUCGACCCGCUGGUCAUUGCUUCCCUGCCCAUGUUCGUCUUCCGGCAGGCCGAGGCGCAGGACGAGGCCGUGAGCGUGACGGCAGAGGAAUGCGCGGUCUGUUUGAGCGCGUUGGAGGACGGCGAGAUGGCCAGGGAAUUGCCGAACUGCAAGCACACGUUCCACGUCGAGUGCAUCGAUAGGUGGCUGAGCUCGCACUCGACGUGCCCGAUUUGCCGCACCGAGGCCGAGCCGCGAGUCCAGCAGGAACAGCCGCCCCAGCCUCCCGUCGGGGCUGCACCCACCGCUCCGCCCCUGGAGCGCACGAGCUCCAUAUCAUCGUGCACCGAGGGCACAUCGGACGGGGCAGUUAGACCGUCAGGUAAGGUCAUCGGAUCGAGUUCACGGUUCGGUUCGUUCCGACGGAUGCUUAGCCGGGAGAGAUCAUCGAGGAGGAUGCCGUCUUGCGGGACAGAAGACGGUUUGGGAGAUAUAGAGAGGCAGUGUUGAUGAUGAUUCUAUCGGUAAUGGUUCAUCUGCCAAAAUUCAACCGAGAUUUUUUCAAAUUUUGCACUGUUGCUGCUCGUACAGCUAAAUUAAAAGUUAUACACGUGUGAUAGUUUGUCUAUAUGUUUUCUUCCUGAAACCAAACGAACUUUGAAUGACGAUGCUCGAUGACCAUGUUUCAUUGCUUGGCC